AUGGCGGCAGCUGCGGCAGGUCCGGCGGCGGCAGCUGCUGCAGGCCUGGCGGGAGCAGCUGCUACAGGUCCUGCAGCGGCAGCUGCUGCAGGUUCAGGAGCAGCAGCUGCUGCAGGUUCAGGAGCGGCAGCUGCUGCAGGUUCAGGAGCGGCAGCUGCUGCAGGUUCAGGAGCGGCAGCUGCUGCAGGUUCAGGAGCAGCAGCUGCUGCAGGUACGGUGGCAGCAGCAGCUGCAGAAUCGGCAGCGGCAGCUGCUGCAGUGUCGGCUGCGGUAGGUGCAGCAGGUUCAGCAGUGGCGGCAGCUGCAGGCACGGCGGCGGCGGCUGCUGCAGGGACAGCAACGGCUGCAGCUGCAGGGACAGCGGCGGCCACAGCAGCCGCGGCUUCCACUGCAGGGACGGCGGCAGCUGCAGCUGCAGAAGCUGUGGUGGCCGCUGCUGGUGGGAAAGCGGCGACGUCGGGCCGGGAAGGGCGGCGCGAGGGGCCGCAGAGGUUCGGUGACGCGCCGUGA